UCGGUUACCUCCCUCGCCGACGUCGCCGUCCGAUUGAGACCGAGCCGCAGAAUCUGUGCACCCUGUGGCCGUGGCGCCGUGCUGCAGCAGCAGCAGAAAAAGGAAAAGGAGAAAGAGAAAGAAAAGCAGUGCUACGUGUACGGUGUAACGGGUCGUUUUUUUCUUCUGCGUAAUGUCUGAAUUCACCGCCUUAAAUCCUCAAGCACAGGGUGAGUGAGUGAGAGAGAUUGAGAUUUGAGAGAAUGUCGUUAGCAUUUGCGACAGAGAUGAAAUGUUGCAAUUAACAGCUAAUUAUGGCGUCACUCCAACGUUCGGCUUCGUGCUUUUCUUGUCUAGGGCGACUUGAUUACAGCCAUUAGGGCUUAAUAAUGCGGAUUAGUAGCUCAACCAUCCCCCCACAGCAUUUUUUUUUUCUUUCUUCUUUAUUUCAUUGGUGAUAUUUCUCUGCUUCCAAGGCUUCUUCUUGCCUAGCCAUUCUUCCUCUCGUCUAGUCUCUUCAGCUUUUUCACCAGACUCCCCCUUUCCUCCUCUCCCUCUCCUUCCUCUUCCUGUUCUUGUGAAUACCUACAUGAUAUCAUCCUGUCACUGUCACUAGUCCCACUUCUUCUCCGCGUUUAGAGAUUUCAAUCCCUAGGUUUCUGAUCUCGUUUGCAAAUCCAGAUUCCGUCUGUAAAAAUGUCGUCUUUGGUGCAAUCUGGAAUAGUCUCUGAGGUUCUUCCGCUUUAGGAGGAGGAAGUGGAGCAGGCUUUGGUUUUUUGUGAUUGUUCAUCUUCUUCUUCGAUCGAGAUUUGUUGGUAGAGUGGCUUGUUGCUCUACGAGAAAUCGUGGUUGGAUCGUGUUCUUCGCUCCGUUCCAGUCCGAUUGGCGACGGCGCCGCGGGAUUUAGCGCCAAAAGCACGAUUAUUAUUUUUUUGUGCUUUUCUUCGGUUACACGGCGAAUUCUGGAGGGAAAAAUUUGGCAUCUUGAUUGCAUUUUGUAUCCGGUUGCCAAAAACCGAGUUGGGAGAUGGUAUCGGAGGCGCGGGCGCCCAUGGCGGCGGGUGCUGUCGUCACGGCGGCGCUGUGCAAGAGGAGCAACCGGGUCGCGCGGGUGCUCGCCUACGCGCUCCUCGAGUGGAUCCUGAUUGCUCUCCUCCUCGCCAAUGGCGUGUUCUCCUACCUCAUAUCGAGGUUCGCCGCCUUCUUCGGUCUGGCGCCGCCGUGCGCCCUCUGCUCGCGCCUCGGCGUAGACAGCCUCUUCGAGCCCCGCAGCCAUGGGCAGGGCGCCGGCACCGAGCCCCUGCGCCGCGUGCUGUGCGAGGCGCACGCCGCCGAGGUGUCGCGCCUCGGGUACUGCCGCGCCCACCGGCGGCUCGCGGACGCCGGGGACAUGUGCGAGGACUGCGCGUCGUCCGCCGUGUCGUCGUCCGGGAAGGCGCUGCUGUCGUGGAUGAGGCGGAGCGAGCUCGGCGAGAGGGACCUGGCCUGCGCGUGCUGCGGCGUCGCGCUUGAGAGCGGCUUCAUCUCUCCGGCGUUCUUGUUUCCCACGCCGGUGGCGUGCGAUGUGGACUGCGGCCACAAGAGAGACGCCGCCAUAGCAAGUCUCAAUGGCGACGUGGUCUUCGUGUCCGAGAAGGGCCCUGUGAUCGAACUUUUCGAUGAGAAGCCAUUGGUGGAGGAGGACCCGAUUGCUGCCAUGGCGGGCUUGGCAGCUCAAUGUGCUGAGAUUGUUGGCAAUGUCCUGCAGCUGGUGCCUCUUCAACCCACUGACUCGUCAACUGGCAACACACGCUCAAUGCCAUCUCGAUCCCUUGGUGAAGGCAAUGAAGCAAUUGAUCAUGUAACUUUGAAGCAGCAUGACGGGGUCAAGAACAUGGAUAACACCAAUGAUGAGAAAUCUACCGUGGCCUCUGAUGAUGACAAGGUGGGUGAUAUGGUUAGUAGGAUGAUCGAUGAAGAGAUUACUUCCUUGGUCCUCUCCCAGGCUUGUGUUGAGGAUGGAUUCAACGGUGAAAUAGAUGGAGAAACUGAAGAGGGCUUAGUUGAUCAACAGUUUUGUGAGGAGGAUAGUGGAUUGAAUGACACAAACCAGGAAAUAUUAAUUCAAAGUGAGACAUCUGAGAACGAGCAAGGUUAUGUAAAACAGGAAUUGUUUUCCAUGCUGACUAAUCCAAGGGAGCAUGAGUUUGCUAUUGAAAGUUUAGAGGAAAUCAUCGAAACAGUUCAUCAGGUUGAUCUCAAUAAUGGAUGGAAUUCGAUGCCGAUGGAAGCUGCAGGGCAUACCUCUGGAACUUCAACUGGGAACACUGGGGAGGAGUGGGUUCAGCAAGCUGAGCUGAGUCAGCAAUCAGAUUCGAUGCCAAUAUAUUCUAGGGAGCAUGCUGAUGAAGAAAUUGAAGAGGGGAAAAUUUCACCGACUGAGAUAAAACAAAGAUUGGACCCUGUGACAAUUGAUUCUUGCAAAGAAGUUCAUGUGAUUUCAAUUGAUAGCACCAGAGAGAAUCAGAUUGAACAGCCUGAGGUGAAGCAUGCAUUAACUUCUAUGACAGUAGGUGCAGUUGAUUAUGUGUCAGACUUGUUUGAUGCUAACAUCAGUGCAGGCGAUGAUCCAGCUGAUCCAACAGAGGUUGCUCCACCAAGCUUGCACCAUCUCUCUGAUGGGCCAUCUACAAGCUUAAAUGAAUUAUGUCCUGACUAUAAUGAUAUUGAAUCAGAGAGAGCUUUGGAUAUACCAACUCAUAUUGAAGAUAUCGAUGGUUUACAGGAGUUGCCAGACCAUAAAGCAAUGACCUCUGAUACCAAGUCUGUGGAUUCGUGUAUCGCUGCCAUGUCAGUUGAUCUUGAAAGUAUUGAACUGGUGAGUGUUGAUCAGUUAAAAUAUGCUUUGGUGUCUGCCCACAAAUCUUUGAGCACCCUAUAUGCUGAGUUUGAAAAUGAGAGGAGCGCAGCUGCUAUAGCCGCUGAUGAGACUAUGGCAAUGAUAAAUCGCUUGCAAGAACAAAAGGCGGCAAUGCAGAUGGAGGCGAUUCAGUACCAGCGACUUAUGGAAGAACAAUCGGAGUAUGAUCAAGAAGCACUACAGAGGUUGAAUGAACUAGUUGUGAAGAGGGAUAAGGAGAAGCAAGAUCUGGAGAGAGAGCUCGAGUUGUACCGACGCAAGGUUCAUCUCUUUGAGGCGAAGGAAAGGAGAAAAAUGUCCAGGCACAAGGGUGAUGACCAUAAUGGAUCGUCCUCAGCAUCGUCAAGUGCUGAGGACAGCGAUGACCAUUCCCAAAGUUUCUAUGAAGGUGAUGAAUCUGCCCAUGGUCUUAAUGGAAGCAAUAGUAGUAUCCCAACUGAUGCUGUUUUACAAGAAACUGCUAGGCAUCUGGGGACACUUGGUUGCUCACUUGCAGAUUUUGAGGAAGAGAGACUCUCCAUACUAGAGCAGCUCAAAUUGCUAGAGGAUAGGCUUUUUGACCUUGAAGAUGAAGAUUCUGAUGGUGUUAAGAUGGACAAGCAAUUCUCAGAAGAAAACCAUUUGAUCGGUGCCUCAAAUGGUUUCUCUGAUGAUGACAGCAGCUUCAAACUUCAUGACAAAAGAAAAGGUGUAAACUAUAGGGGAAAAAAACUCCUCCCAUUAUUCGAUGACACUACUGUGGAAAAUGGGAAUGAUCUAACAAGGCAAGAUCCCGAAGCAGAUCGUUCUACAGAUGUCAUGUUGGAACCAGCUAAUGAACAAGAUAAACUUGCAAUUGCCCAUGAAAUCGAUCAAGUUCAUGAGCGACUGCAUGCUCUUGAGGCAGACAGGGAGUUCAUAAAACAGUGUGUGAAGUCUUUGAAGAAAGGAAACAAGGGGUUUGAUCUUCUUCAGGAAAUCUUGCAGCAUCUUAGAGACCUGAGAAGGAUUGAGCAGCGUACAAGGAACUCUGAAGAGCUCUCACCACAUUAUCUGCAUCCUUACACGGAUUAAAGAUCAGGCGCAGAGCGUUGUGGUCAUGUUCGAGGAAAAUGCAUCGAAGAUGAAAGCUAUAAAACAACGAAAAAAUGAUAGCGGACUAGUAUUGUCAUGCCAGAAACGUUCGGCUCAAACCAGAUGGAAAGGAGAUCCAACUGGUGCUCAAAUCCUACAGUUGGUUCGGCGUUGCCAUCGGGAUGGCAGCAGAUCAUGGAGCAAUUCUGCCUUCCAAGGUCCAGCUUUUUUCCGCGACCACUUUGCACGUCCUUUUCGUUUGGUUUCAUUGUAUGAGGGUAUUGGGGGGGGGGGGGGGGG